AUGAAUGUCAAGAAGACGAAAUUUAUGAGAAUAUCGAAAAACGUCGAAAAAGUGGACAAAUAUGCAUAUCUGGGAACAAUAAUUAACUCCACAAAUGAUUACAAUCAGAAGAUCAAAAUAAGAAUAGAAAAGGCUAGAGCAAAUUUCAACAAAAUGACAAGAGUGCUAUGUACCAGGGAUUUAAAACUGGAACUAAGAGUUAGGUUUGCGAGGUGAUAUGUUUUUUCGACUUUAUUUUAUGGAAUGGAAUCUUGGACUUUGAAUGCAACAUCAAUGAAAAAAUUGAAAUCAUUCGAGCUGUG